GUGACGCGGUGGCUUGAUCCGCUUUCUUUUCAGCGCAGCUACCAAUUCCUCGAGAUUAUCCAUAAUCCUUCUUCUUUCUUACAAAUAUAAAUACCCAAGUACUAGUAUUUCUUUUGCUUUUAAUACAGUUUAUUCAACUCACCAGUUCAGAGGGAAAAAAACAAUAACUUGAAUAAUAAGUAUAAAGCCCAAAGGUUAAGCUAAUUAAGGUAAUCAAAAGCCUAAGACAAUCGUAUCAACAAAAUCGACGUGAAGAUUGCGCAGAGAGAGAAAGAGAGAAAGAGAGAGAAGCAAUGAGGACAAGAGCUCCCUCACAACCACUCCGCCCUACCCAAUUCCUAUGGUAGUAACUUGAUUUUAUGCUUUUAGACGUGAGCACAUUGUUUUUGUGAAGAGAAGAUUCUAGAAAAGGUAGAGGAAGAGAGAGUUGAAAUGGUGAUGGAGGAUAACGAAAGUUGUGGUAGUAGAGUGGUGGAUUCAGCGCCGACGAACAGUCGUCAACACGGUAAAAAAUUGGAGGUUUACAAUGAGGUACUUCGGCGGCUCAAACAAUCAAACAACGUUGAGGCUCAACAGCCUGCCUUUGACGAUGAGCUUUGGGCUCACUUCAAUCGCCUUCCUACUCGGUACGCGUUAGAUGUGAAUGUUGAAAGUGCAGAAGAUGUACUGACGCAUAAGCGGUUACUACAUCUCGCACAUGAUCCGGCUAAUAGACCUGCCUUUGAUGUCCGGCUGGUGCAGGUUCCUCCAGUUCCUGAUGGAAACUCAAUAGAUUCUGUUCCAUUUAGCUCCGCAAACAAGGAAAUUAGCCGAAGUGUCCUUCCUCUACCUGCCUUUGGUUCUUCGCCUAAUCUCGAAGCACUUGCUCUUGAAGCUAACAAAUCUGAAGUUCAAGAUGGGGAUGCUACUGUUACUUGUGGAAAUUUGCUACGGCCCAUGCAUGAAAUUACGUUUUCAACUGAUGACAAGCCGAAGCUCCUCAGUCAGUUAACUUCAUUACUAGCUGAGCUUGGGCUGAACAUUCAGGAAGCACAUGUAUUUUCCACUGUUGAUGGAUACUCCCUCGAUGUUUUCGUUGUUGAUGGUUGGCCCUAUGAGGAAGUUGAGCAGCUUCGAAUGGCACUGAAAAGGGAAAUUCUGAGGAUUAAGUGCAUGCAGAAAUCUUCACCAAGUCAAAGUCCAUCAGAAUCUUUUAGAGAGGAGAUCAAAACACUGAUCAAAUGUGAGUUUGAUCCCGUGACAAUACCUUGUGAUGGCGUUGAUGUCUGGGAAAUCGAUCAUCAACUUCUAAAGUUCGAAAACAAGAUUGCUUCUGGUUCAUAUGGUGACUUAUACAAAGGUACAUACUGCAGUCAGGAAGUGGCUAUCAAGAUCCUCAAAUCUGAGCGCUUGAACACAGAAUUGCAAAAGGAGUUUGCCCAAGAAGUUUAUAUCAUGAGAAAAGUUCGUCACAAAAAUGUUGUGCAAUUCAUAGGGGCAUGUACUAGGCCCCCAAAUCUGUGUAUAGUGACAGAGUACAUGUCUGGAGGAAGUGUAUAUGACUAUCUACACAAACAAAAGGGCAGUUUUAAACUUCCUACUUUGCUCAAAGUAGCAAUUGAUGUAUCAAAAGGAAUGAAUUACCUGCAUCAGAAUAAUAUCAUACAUAGGGACUUGAAGGCUGCCAAUCUACUGAUGGAUGAAAAUGAAGUUGUUAAAGUGGCUGAUUUUGGUGUUGCCAGAGUGAAGGCACAGACUGGCGUCAUGACGGCGGAGACUGGGACCUAUAGAUGGAUGGCCCCUGAGGUUAUAGAACACAAGCCAUAUGAUCACAAAGCAGAUAUUUUCAGUUUUGGGGUUCUGUUAUGGGAAUUGAUGACAGGAAAGCUUCCAUAUGAGUACUUGACCCCACUACAAGCUGCCAUUGGAGUGGUCCAGAAGGGGUUGCGACCAAUUAUUCCCAAAAAUACUCAUCCAAAACUUGCUGAGUUGCUUGAGAAAUGCUGGCAACGAGAUCCAACGUCGAGACCUGAUUUUCCUGAAAUAAUAGAGAUGUUGCAGCAAAUAGCGAAAGAGGUUGCAGAUGAGGAAGAUGAUCGUCGCAAGGAGAAACCAUCUGGAGGAUUCUUUUCAGUCCUCAGACGUGGACACCACUAAGUAGAUAUACUUAUAGAGAAUGUUGAUAAAAAAUUAUAAUCUGAUUACACGUUUCUAGCCUUAUUUAUCCAUAUUGUACAGAUUUUUUCCUGAUCAAUGUUCUCGUCUUUUUUCUUAAUAGAAAGUUUUUGCCAAUUCUUUUUGAGUUA